GUCGUACCUACGCAGAAUCAACAGCGUUCCAAUCUACGAUCGCGCGCAUACACACAAACCCAGUUGUAUGUUGUAUAUUUAUUUACUUUAUUCGUAGACGGUAGAGCAUCCGACUGCUGUAUUAGUGCGCGAAAUAAAGAAAAAAUAUGAAAUAUUAUGUAACAAAAUAGUAAAACGUGUAACGUGUUUUUAGUUAAUUUAUUUGUUUUAAGUGCAGUGACUGUGAUAAAUUCUAGUGCUUAACGUGAAAAGGAAUGGCGCUUAAGCCAUUUUGAUAUUGGAAUGUCGUAAAUGUCAAAGUUCAUCGGUGGUUUUGUUUUGUGAAGGAUAAUAUAAAGAGAAAAUGUAAUUAUUGAGAUAAAUUAAUGUGAAGAUACGCUUUAUAAGGAUAUAUAUAUAUAUAACUCUGCUGUAUCCAAGAAAUGAUAUAAAAUCAAAAUGCUGAUCAAGGAGUACAGGAUACCUCUUCCACUGACAGUGGAGGAGUACCGCAUCGCUCAGCUCUAUAUGAUAGCAAAGAAAAGUAGAGAAGAAAGUUCAGGAGAAGGCAGUGGUGUUGAAAUCUUAGUCAAUGAACCCUACGAAGAUGGCCCUGGCGGCAAAGGUCAGUACACUCAAAAAAUUUACCAUGUGGGGAGCCAUCUGCCCGGAUGGUUCAAAAGCCUUCUUCCAAAAUCUGCCUUAACCGUCUCUGAAGAGGCUUGGAAUGCCUACCCAUAUACCAAAACAAGGUACACCUGCCCUUUUGUUGAGAAAUUUUCCUUAGAAAUAGAAACUUACUAUUAUGCUGACAAUGGUCACCAAGAAAAUGUCUUCAAACUAUCUGGCAGUGAUUUAAAAAAUAGAAUAGUUGAUGUUAUUGAUGUAGUCAAGGAUCAACUGUAUGGGGCUGAUUAUGUGAAAGAAGAAGAUCCAAAACUGUUUAUUUCACAAAAAUGCAAUAGAGGGCCUCUAACUGAUUCUUGGUUAGAAGACUAUUGGAGGGAAGUGCAGGGUAAGCCCCAGCCACUACCCAAUGGCAAAUCGCUUAUGUGUGCCUACAAGCUCUGCAGAGUUGAAUUCAGAUAUUGGGGAAUGCAAACAAAACUGGAGAAGUUCAUCCACGAUGUUGCCUUAAGGAAAACUAUGUUGAGAGCUCAUCGUCAAGCUUGGGCUUGGCAAGAUGAGUGGCAUGGUCUUACAAUGGAGGAUAUAAGAGAAAUAGAACGACAAACUCAGCUCGCGCUACAAAAGAAAAUGGCUGGAGACACCAGUGAUGACCAAGAUAUAUCUGAAGAAAAUUCUAAGUCACUUGCAGCGACAAUGAGCAGCUUAGAGAAGAAUGAAGAAAUGACAACGCCACCAGCCACCAAGAAAACAAGUGUAGAAAAAAGAAUUCAAAAGCAUUUAACUCCGGAAGGUACUCCGCCUUCAGAGCCAAAAAGUUCCAAAUCAAAUCUUAGAUCGUCUUCCUCAGGUUCUAUAAAAAGUUUGCAAGCUCAAGUUGCAAACUGGCGCAUGGAGACGCUUGUUAGAGAGUCUGAAACAGAAACUGGUUCUGAAGAUGAAUUCUACGAUUGUGAAACAUCUUUUAACAAAUGGUCGUCUAUGUGUUCACUUGAUGAAGCAGACAUCGAUAUAUCACCUACUCAAGCUGAUCAAAAUCAAGAGGAUAGCAUAUUUAAUCCAACAUUCUUAAAAAGAGUUACUUCUGAAAGAGGCUCUCGCAGGAUGGUCGCUCUACAGAGCCAUCAUAGCAUUGACGGUGGUCCUGAAACGCCAGUGCACAGUUCAUGUCCAAUUACUGUCUUGAUACUUGUAUUUCAUGGUGGAAGUGUUUUAGAUGCGAAUAUCGAUAUGACAGCAAAGAAAUCUGACGUUACUACAUUUAAAGGCGCCUUUGAAUCAGUAAUGCGCCAACAUUAUCCUACUCUAGUGGGUCAUAUUGCCAUAAAACUAGUCCCAUGCCCAUCUAUUUGCAAUGAAGCUCUCGGAGUGCUUUCAACAUUGAGUCCUUAUAGUUUUGAUUGUUCGCCAUCAACAGUAGAGACUCCAUCUCUUACUAAUGAUCUAAUUCCGAUUGGUGCUAUUCCUUUGAUAGCUACAACAUCUCCGGAAUAUGCUGACUCCGUAACAAAAACAAUACUUUCGGCUAAUACAGUUUUCAAUGAAUUUAUUAAAUCGGAAGAUGGAAAAGGAUUUAAUGGUCAGGUAUGUAUUGUUGGCGAUAGUAUCGGAUCAGUUCUAGCUUUCGACGCACUUUGUAGAACCACACAAUAUCAAUCACGCCACGACAGUGAAAAUAGUAUUUUAGAUACGGAAAUUACUAUUCCUAAUGAUCCAACUGAACAUUAUUUGAACAAAUCUCAUUUGCAAGCUCCACAACCUCGCAGGCGAUCUUCGUCUACCAGCGAAAAUCAUGUGAAACUGGAAUUUGAAGUGAGUGACUUCUUUACAUUUGGCAGUCCUUUGUCGCUAAUUUUGGCUUCAAGAAAAAUCUCCGAUGACAAAUCCCGUGAUAUAAGCAAGCCACCUGUUCAACAAGUGUAUAAUUUAUUUCAUCCCACCGAUCCGGUUGGCUCUAGAUUAGAACCGUUACUUUCAGCAAGAUUUACGAAUUUGCCACCCAUAAACGUUGCAAGAUAUGCAAAAUAUCCUCUAGGAAAUGGGCAACCCUAUCAUUUAAUGGAAUUAAUUCAAAGUCACCCUCAAUUUUUUGGAGACCAACUGCAAAUGCCCCCGACACCUGUUUUACGAAGGCUUUCUGAAGCAUCUGUUCAAAGCACUGUCAGUGGGUUAGUUGACAACAUUCCUUUAAUGACUAUGAACGCUUUACAACAAAAAUGGUGGGGAUCCAAAAGGUUAGAUUAUGCCCUUUAUUGCCCAGAGGGUUUAACCAAUUUUCCCAUGAACGCUUUACCACAUUUAUUCCACGCUAGUUAUUGGGAAAGUUCAGACGUUAUUGCAUUUAUCUUGCGACAAGUGGGUCAUUUUGAUUUGGCUUUAUAUGGUCAUUCGGAAGACAAAGAAUGUCCAAUACUUAAACCUGGUCAAGAACGGGAGAAAUGGAUGAGAAAGAGAACUUCGGUUAAAUUGAAAAACGUUGCUGCUAACCACAGAGCAAAUGACGUGAUCGUUAUGGAGGGUUGUCCCCAGACAUUUUCAGCUCGAUUCAUGUAUGGGCCCCUUGAUAUGAUAACCUUGACAGGAGAAAAAGUAGAUAUUUAUAUGAUGAAAGACCCCCCCGCAGGCGAAUGGACUUUAUUAUCUACUGUAGUAACAGAUAAAACUGGUAGAAUAACUUAUACCUUGCCUGAAAAACAAAGCGUUGGCUGCGGUAUCUAUCCAGUAAGGGCUGUAGUUCGAGGUGAUCACACGAAUUGCAGCUUCCACUUCGCCGUUGUACCUCCACAAACUGAAUGCAUUGUUUUUAGUAUUGAUGGAUCUUUUACCGCCAGUGUGUCAGUAACUGGUAGAGAUCCGAAAGUAAGGGCUGGUGCUGUUGAUGUCGUAAGAUUUUGGCAAGAUUUAGGAUAUCUUAUCCUUUAUAUCACUGGAAGACCAGAUAUGCAACAAAGGAAGGUAGUUUCCUGGUUAGCAGAGCACAACUUUCCACAUGGAUUGGUGUUCUUUUCUGAUGGAUUUUCAACUGAUCCACUAGGCCAUAAGGCUGCACAUUUGAAUAAUCUAAUCACCGAGCACGGGGUAAUUCUUCACGCCGCUUACGGUUCUGGAAAAGAUAUAAGCGUUUAUCAUAAUUGUGGUUUGUCUCCGAAGCAGAUAUAUGCUAUCGGACGUAUAAGCAAAAAGUAUAGUAACAUGGCAACUACGUUAACUGACGGAUAUGCUUCCCACUUGGCUGAUUUGAGGCAGCCUGGGGCUGUUAGACCUGCUAGGGGCAAUGCCCGACUUCUAGUGCCGCGACGUUUGUUAGCUACAGUGAACAACGCUAGUGUUAGUCGAAAUCGACGCUAAAGCAAUGCUAUUUAGCAAGUAAUGUUGACUUCAACACAUUUCAUUUCGUUUUCUUAUGAAGUUAUGGCGGUAGUAAAGAGUAGUGUAAAGUAUCGUACAUAAAAUUGUAACUCAUUUUUGUGAUGAUUAAUUAUUAUGGGUGUUGGAACGUUGUCUGUAAGUACAUUUCAAAUUGUAACACUGUUGUUAUCGUAAUAGUGUUAACUUUACGAACAGAUUAUUAUGCGCAGUUUCUCUCUAUUAAUUGAAACAAUGCCAUGCUAUUCAGAGAAGUAUUUACGACGAGAUGUUCAACAGAUUCAACGAUCAAUUAUGAAGAGAAAAUGCGCAUCCAUUGUCACUAUGUACCUUAACUGAUUUAUAAGUAUUUAAAUCUAUGUACGACUGUUUAAUAUUAUUAAAAGCUUAAGAAAUCUUGUUACUUCUUUCGUAAUUAGUAGGUAAACUGUGCAACUCUUUGCAUUAAUGUCUAUUAGGAGGUUGUAAUCUCUGAACACGACAAGAGAAGUGUUCAUCUCUGUGUAUUAUGUAGGAGCACUCGACUUCUUAUGUUCCGCGUAGCGUAAAAUUUUCUUUAUCUAAUAUGUUUCACUUUAUUUAUAUAUUGUAUAGGCAUUCAUAGCCGUAGGUUUCGUCGAUUUGCGACGCUUAAACGUUAAUGCUAUAAAAUUGUUUCAUCAUUUCUGUUAGUAGAGUAUUAGCUACUCAUGAAGUCAAAACAAAAUUGUAAAAUUAAGUCACAAUAUUACCUACGUGAUAUUAUUCUAUCUUGUUAUUUAUUUGUGUGAUAUAUAAUGGACAAUUACGGUUAGCUUCUAAACGGUUAACGCGAUUGUGGUAAUAUAUAAAGAAGAACAAACGACUUGAGAUGACCACAAUCUGCAUGAUAUAUUUGUAAUUAAAAGUCGAUUGAUUGUACCUAAAUCAUAUAUUAAUUAAGUAUAAUUACAGACUCGAAUAACAAAAACAACUACUGUAGGCUGAAAAUUAUAUUCGGAAAACAAAUGUAACUUAAUAAACAAAUUAACUAGUCUAAUUUAAUAAUGAUAGUAUUCCCAUUUUAUGAAAUUAUUAUAUACAAAACGCCCGCCCUCCACUUAAAGUAGGUACAUUUGUGAUGCAAAUAAAAUGUUAUGAGCCCAUUAUUAAUUUAUUACGGUCUCGGACUAUAAUAAAAAUAUUAAUGAUUCCAAAAUCCUUAUAAAUAAUACUUAUUUGUAAUGCUUUUAAAUGCAAUUGCAAUGACUUUAAAAGUCUAAAAUGGUUUUGUAAUGUAAAAUAAAUAACAAUAAGAAAGGAUGUGGGCAAUAUCAUCGUUCAAUUUGUAUUUGAGAGUUAUAUUGUUGAUAUUAUAAACCUGAUAGGUAUAAAAUUAUUUUUGUAGUUCACCAUUUGAGUUCUUGAUGAACGUAAAAUAAGUAAAUUAUAUUAAUUAAUAUACAUAAUUGUAUGAUUGUAUAUUUUCCUCAGAGAUACAUUCCUGUUUCAGAGAUAUUUCUAUUGUUAUAAGAAAUUUUAAAAUAUUACCGUUAUUGAAUAAUUAUGGUAUAUUACUAUUAACUAUUAUUAUAAGAAGUAUCUAUUUACUUGUGGGCAUUUUGCUUAAAUUGGUUGAGCUAUUCGCUGGGACAUGUUACCUACAUGUUGUCGAUUAAAGGGCGUGAUUUUGCAAGUAGAAACGUAUUAUAUUAUAAUAUUCAGUAAGCGUGUAUCUGUAAGAAUAUAUUUUACGCUUCUUUUAUACCUCUAUACGUCAGCUUUCAACUGGUUUCAGUAUUAAUAAUAAAUUAUAUUUACUAUAAUCAUAUUAUCAAAAACAACACUUAACCAAUACCUUUAAUUUGCGUAGAUGCACUGUUAGAUUUUUAUCAUUUAAAUAAUACAUAUAUAGAUAUGAAUUAUUUCUAAAUAUUGUCACAAAUGCUAAAUAACUUGUUCCUAUCCUACACUCAAAAUGCUUAGGUACUUGUAUGUGCAUUUUCGGAAAUAGAUAAUACACUUAAUAUGCAUAUUGCGGAGUGGUGAUUGAACUAGUUUUUGGGGUAGGCAUUUGCAAUGUCUGUAUUCUGUCUGUCUGUUUAUGUAGUAUUCUAGCGGAUUACGUACACCGAGGUGCACUCAGUAAGCACAUUGUACGGCUUCGGCCGAGGCCGCAGUCCUCGCGGCUAAUUUUAGUGAGAUCGAAGACAGAAUGUGCCGAGGAUGAUGAAUUUACAACACUUUAUUCCUAAAAUUAAAACGUUAUAAAACGGAACGCAAAUAGACUGAGGCGCCUGAAACAUAGUACCUACGCCAUUGCGCUGACCUUUUCGCUCAGAUAAACCGGCAGAUGGUGCUAUGUUACUAAAAUAAAUUGCGAUUAUAAAGUACAAAGCGACGCGGAUGAGUUCCUCGCUCUACUAUAGACUACAACAACAAUGUAACACAUAACAUAGCAUCACGCCUCUAUCCCCGAAGGGGUAGGCAGAGGCGUACAGUACACGUACCCACUCCUCGCUAGCUAUGUUUAACAAUGUAAAUGCCUACCAACAUCAUAUCGCAUCAUUUCACUUGACUUGGAAAUUAAAAUGUAGAAAAUGUGAAUGUUAUUUUUGUAGCACUUUUUCUUCGUUUACCAAUGGCAAUGAUCUCAUUUUCUAAAAUGCACGAAUUUUAAUGUAUUAUAUUCUAUGGCGAUUUUUUCAUGUGUAGGUAUUAACUUUAUUAACAAGGUAAUUGGAUGUGUACUAUGGUUUUACGUUAUUCGUAAUAUAUUUUUUCUAUGUAGUAAUUUAUAGAUAUAUUGUCGCAAUACGUAGAUUUCUUUGAAAAUGUUACGGGUUUUAUUAAGGAAAAAAAAAUGAUCUGGGUAGGGGAUUUAAUAAUGGUAAAUUAGGAAUUGGGUGUUAUGUAAAAACGGCCAAUCCAACCUUGUAAAUGUGUAUUUGCUAAUUAGGGAUUCGGGGCGAACAACCACCCAGAGGUCCCAGGUUUGAUUCCCCGUCUGUACAAUUUGGGAAACGAAUCUUUUGUGAACAGUUGCGAGUUUGUGUGCUUCCGUGUUACUUCCUGAUUGCGUGCCAAUAAAAUACCAAAAGGAAGGAUUAAUAUGUCGAAAAAAAUAUGCAUUUCUUUGGAUGGCCGUUUUUUUUCUUGGUUCAUUGUAUGUAUGGUUGUCUAACAUUCGUGAUGUUGUAGUAAGUGCCAGAGUCAGUAAACUGACACGAAUAGUGAAAAUUUAUAUGUAUUUAGAAAUUUUUAAUCAAAUACAUGUCAUUUAAUAAAACGUUAUUUUUAUCUCGAAAGUGCUGUGCUAGCUUCGAUUUCAUUUUGUAAUACGUAUGUAUUUGUGUGUGGAUAAAUAAAUUGUUGUUGGCACCUACAA